UUACUCCAAUGUGAUGCACCUACGCAGCCAGUUAGGGCAGCUCCUACAAUGCAGCAGUGCUCAUCGGGAAACGUAGUACUUGUAGUACGUAAAGUGAGCGUAAGGGGUCGACCGGCGCCAAGAAAUGAACUCAUUUCCCAUUAGGCUUUGUUUGUUUGCCUAUGUGGAACACGGAAAUCUCUAUCCGAGCCGUUUGUUGCCAUAGAAAUAGAAGCAACAGACAGGCUAACGGCUGUUCUGAAGUGAAUGCCAUAUGCAUAUCUGCUGCCAUCUGCCGGAUGCCGCAUUUUAUUCAUCUUUUCAGUAUAUCUUGACAUGUAGUUAUAGAGACUUCCAGCUGAAUUGAUGUAUAUAUAUGAGAAAAGAAUUCUGCCUUCAAGGCUACACCUGGAGUUUCCCUAUAGCUGUCUGGCUGCAGCAUGCUCUAGUAGAUGGCUUUCCACAAAGGAGAGCCCAGGAUCUUGUGGAUGCUUGUGUUGCUCCACCCCGACACACAGAGAUAAUCUGAGGCGAAUCAAAUCAAGCGGGAUUGACUUUACACAGAGCUGGAGAGUGAAAGGCAACGUCAGAGCUGUGGAGGUUAAUGUCAGAAAUGUUGGCGACUGCAGCUGUUGAACAUUUGUGUUCAGAGGUGGUGGUCACAAACUCCUUGUCUCAUGUACUACAGGCUCUGCUAUGACUGUAGAUGUCAGCCUAAGUGACGGUUCAUAUGGCACUCCAUGCAAAGACAAGCGGUGGAACUCUGAUGGAAUACAUCAGAGCCCCGAGGGCAAAAUACACAAUGGUAGGAGAAGCUAUACGUCAUGUCAUCCCUGGACAUAUGCAAUGCUCAAUCGGCUGUGGAGGUCAAACUUGCAAGUAUGACAACCCAAGUUACUGGAGUGAAGACCAACAGGCUAUAAAAGGCCUCUAUUCAUCCUGGAUUACUGAUCAUCUUCUUGCUAUGUCCAGACCCUCAACAGAAAUCAUUGAGAAAUAUAACAUUAUUGAUCAGUUCAGAAGGAAUGGAAUUAAAACAGUGAUCAACCUACAGAUACCUGGUGAACAUGCCAGCUGUGGAAACCCUCUUGAGCCAGAGAGCGGCUUCUCAUACCACCCAGAGGUUUUCAUGGAAAACAACAUUUAUUUCUACAAUUUUGGCUGGACUGAUUAUGGGGUGGCAAACCUCACCACUGUGCUGGACAUGAUGAAGGUCAUGGCCUUCGCAAUGCAGGAGGGAAAGAUAGCAGUCCACUGUCACGCAGGUCUUGGCAGAACAGGUGUGCUGUUAGCAUGUUUCUUGGCCUUUGCCACCAGGAUGACUGCUAACCAGGCUAUUUUACACGUGCGUGCCAAACGCCCUGGCUCCAUCCAGACCCGAGGUCAGCUACGUUGUGUCAGACAGUUCGUCCAGUUCCUUGCCCCUUUGAGGAGUGUAUUUUCCUGUGCUGAACCUCGAUCCAACCCAGUCACCCUGUCCCAGUAUCUAAACCGCCAGAGACACAUACUGCACGGCUAUGAGAGGAAGGAGCUGAGGUACCUACCAAAGAUUGUCCAACUAGUGUCCAGGCUGCUCUUGGACAUUGCAGAGAAUCGAGAGGUGAUUGAGGAGGACAUUCUGGAGGCACCUGAUAUUGAUGACAUAGAGAUGACUCUCAGCGUCAUUGAGAAGAUGGGCCCUGAGUUAUAUGCAAAGGAGCCCCGCUUACCAGGUACUCCCACAUUACCCAGACAUUUCAACGAGCCACCAAUUUUCUACCAUCGAAAAAGCCUGAGCUACAGUGAGUCAGACUUGACACGACUGGGCUCGAAGCUCAACCUCCUCACACAACCUCUCAGCUCCCUCUCGCAGAGUAAUACUCUCGUGGACAUUUCCUCAUCUGAGACUGUUCUCCCUGCAAAGAAGUGUCAAAGUUUUAACAGUAACGCGUCUGAAAUCUCAAACAGUUCGACAAGCUCACUCUGGCAAGUCAAGAAUGUUGAAAAACAAAAAGAUGUAUCCAUUCUGAUAAAGAAAGUGAAGAAGAAAACCAUCCAACGCAGUGAGUCUGUGGGAAACAAUGAACCAACCAAAGAGGGUAGCAUGCUGGCCAGGUGGAAGGCAGAACAGAGGGAGUUAGAAACGAAUGGGAAGCGGUCGCAAGUCAGAGAGGAGGAACAGUCAGAGGUGCCCUUUAUCACCCUGCAGUCAGAGUUGUCCCUGGAUGCCAGGAGGUUGCUAGUGGCACAAGCUCUGGCAGUGAACCUUUUUCUCGAUGGGGAAGAAGAGCACAAGAGCAAAGUCUUAGCCUGGCAGGCAGAGCUGAACCAAGGCGGUGCGUGGGAAAGGCUGUGUAUGGAGCGGGAUCCCUUCAUCCUCACUGGGCUGAUGUGGGCAUGGUUGGAGCAGCUUAAAGAGCCGGUCAUCUGCCUCCAGGAUGCUCAAGCCCUGACACCCUACAACAGUAAUGCUCAAACUGUCCUCAACACACUUGACCAGGCCCCUAAAGAAACGUUAACAUGCAUACUAGAUUGUAUGGCUCAUAUGCUGAUGAUACCAGAAGAGGUUGAAAACGCAUUCCUGGAGCGUACUAUCAAGGCUUUCACCUGGAUGGAAAAUAACUCAGAGGAUAGAUGCAAUGUGUACGAGUCCAUGACUACAGUCCUGAGGUGUGUCCUUGAGGACAUGAGAUGUAUGGCCAUCGAAGCAGAGGAGAACCCUCUCUUUACAGACAGACCAUGACACUACCUGUCAUGCGUAUGUGCUGCACUGCCUGUACCUCCAUGUGGAGGCAUGAAAGAGAAAAAAAUGCUUUUGUGCCUUGUCAGGAAAAUAUUGAAUAUGUAGUAACUGAUUUUGUGGGAUAAAAAUAAACAUUUAUGGAACAUA